CACUGACGCCGUGCUGGUGACGAUGGUGCCAAACGACCGGGUGCUGAAGCAGGUCGUCUGCGAUGAGUCGACCGGUGUGCUGAGCGCCGCUCAGGCCAACAGCCUCGUGCACGUCUCGUGUUCAACGGUGCACCCGGACACCUCCCGGGAGCUUGCGGCGCUGCACGAAGCAAACGGGCUGAGGUUUGUCGGCGCGCCCAUCUUUGCACGAGCCGAUGGCGUCGCACGGCGGCUCGCGUCCUUCUGUGUCGGCGGCAAGGACGGCGCGGUGCAGAGCGCGCUCCCGGUGCUUGAGGCCAACUGCGGCGCGGGCGGCGUCUUCCGCUUCGGGGAGGACGCGGGCGCGGGGAAUGUCGUCAAGCUGGCCGGCAACUUCAUGAUCGCUUCGGCGAUCGAGUCAUGUGCUGAGGCGCUCUCCCUGGCGGAAAAGUCGGGCCUGGAGAGGGAGGCCGUCAUGUCGAUGCUACACUCCACUAUCUUCGACUGCCUCAUCUACCGCGGCUACGGCGACCGCGUCGCGCAGCGCUGCCACCACCCCGGCGAGCCUCUGGUCGGGCCGGGCUUCCAGCUCGAUCUCGGACUCAAGGACGUCACACUCGCCCUCGACGUGGCGGCAAAGGUGCAGGCGCCGAUGCCCGUCGCUUCCCUGCUGCGCGACCGCUUCCUCGGCGCGACCGCGCGGGGCCGCGGCCACAUGGACUGGUCGGCCAUCGGGCUCAGUGUGUCUGAGGACGCGGGCGUUGACGUGUCGGAGAGCCUCGCCCUGCCGCCAAAGAAGCGCAAGCUCGCGGCCGGCGGCGCGGAGACGAGGGAGGUAGCCUAAAACCCCAUCUUGCACGUCUUAGGAGGUGGGACGUGGGGCCCCAGAUAGUUCCAGGCGUAUACGCGGGAGUCUGCCUCCAACUGUUCCACCGGGGAGGAUUUUCUCUGGCCCUGGUGUGAGAAGGUAACAGGCAGGGUACUUUC